AUGACACCAACCAAGCCCAAAUUCAAUGCUUUCCUAUUUAAAGGACCUAAGCAAUAUUAUCACACCUUCAUGGACCCCCUUAUCAAGGCAGAGGCAGCUCCCUUGAAGAGUUACUGCGCCCUUGAAGAUAUACUCCACAUCCUAUUUCCCCUAUUUGAACUCUUCCCAUCUACACCGGGGAAGUGGACUGCUGCAAGUUCCUGCCCGGAUUUGACUAAACCAUGGAGCCCUGGCUCAGAAGGAGAGGUUGCAGACCUUCUCAACUAUCUGGUUCACAAAGUUGAUCAGCUUGUGGAUUCCGGCACCUUCAAGAGGUCCAGAUGGUGGACUUCUGUGCAUGCUGUCCAAGCAGUUGGUGAUGCUGGUGGAGGCGCCGCCCAGAUCUUGUACUCAUAUCCUCCAGUGACACGUCUUAUCCCCCUAAGCUCCCUCCUGCAAGUAUGA